AUGAAUGGGGAUUUAGCAGCUGGAAAGAUGGCUUCCUCCACCGGUCCCAUGGACCCCAUUGGCAGCCUGGAGCUCCUGGAUCUCCUGUUUGAUCAGCAGGACGGCAUCCUGAGACAUGUGGAGCUGGGUGAGGACUGGGACCACAUCGAGGACCAGCAGGUCCUGCCAGGCCCAGACUCUGAUGAGUUCCUAAACUCCAUCCUGGCUUCUGGAGACUCGGUGCCCAGCUCCCCGAUCUGGUCCCCUGCAGCCAGUGACAGUGGCAUCUCUGAAGACCUGCCCUCUGACCUCCCGGACACCCCUCCACGCAGUGGGGCGGCCGCCACCCCCACCGGCUGCCAUACCACGGAGUCAGGCGAGGGGCUCUGUCCCUCCUACCACCCUGGACUCCCCUGCCUUGCCAGUCCCCCGGGACCAGUGGCCCAAGUGCUGGAGACCUCUGUGGCCAUAGACCUGGAAAUGUGGAGCCCGGGCCUGUGUUCCGAGGAGCAGGUUGAGUUGAUGGACCAGCCUCCAUCCUGCAACCUCACGGUGAAAGAUCUUCUUCUCUCCGGCAGCGGGGCCGCCGACCUGCAACAGCAUCACGUGGCAGCCCCCCACCUGCUGCGCCCCGGGGCUGACCACUGCCAGGAGCUGGUGCUGACAGAGGAUGAGAAGAAGCUUCUGGCCAAAGAAGGCCUCACUCUGCCCACCCAGCUGCCCCUCACCAAGUACGAGGAGCGAGUGCUGAAAAAAAUCCGGCGGAAAAUCCGGAACAAACAGUCGGCCCAAGAAAGCCGGAAAAAGAAGAAGGAAUAUAUUGAUGGCCUGGAAACUCGGAUGUCAGCCUGCACUGCCCAGAACCAGGAGCUUCAGAGGAAGGUCUUGCAUCUCGAGAAGCAGAACCUAUCCCUCUUGGAGCAACUGAAGAAACUCCAAGCCAUUGUGGUCCAGUCCACCAGCAAGUCGGCCCAGACGGGCACUUGCAUAGCGGUCCUGCUGCUCUCCUUUGCCCUCAUCGUCCUGCCCUCCAUUAGCCCUUUCGUCACCAACAAAGCCGAGAACGCCGGAGACUACGCACCUGUUCGAGUUUUCUCCAGAACUUUGCACAACGAUGCUGCAUCCCGCGUGGCCCCCGACGCCACACCAGGCUCCGAGGGCCCAGGACCACGGUCCAAGGAUGGCACAUCCCAGGAAGGGUCUCCAGGCAGCCCCACGGUGGACUGGGAAUCUCGGGGCAUGUCGGCUCUGGACAACUUGACGAAGGGGCUGGACAACUCGACUCUGAUCCCAGAUAACUCCACACUGGUCCUGGACAACUCGACACUCGUCCCGGACAACUCAACGGAGAAGCUGAACGGGGCCACCCUGCUGGGCUGGACUGGGACCGAGCCAGCGCUCAGCUCUGGACGGGUGGGAUUGGAGGCAGCAGGGGAAGAGCUGUGAGCACCAUCCCAAUGUGCCCGCAGGCCCCUGGGCUUAGGGGCCCUUCUGUGGACAGUGACAACAGGCAUGGGGAUGAGAGGUGAGACCUGGCGUAAGAGCCAGGAUGGAGACGCACAAACCCAUGGACCCAGAUACACACAGAACACGCUCACAGGGCAACCACAGGGCCACGAAGCCUGAGAAAUACACAGAUCCAGGCAAAGGAACAGGCAGACACAUACAGAGUGAUCCACAGACCCAGACAGACAGACAGACACACACACACACACACACACACACACCCCAUGCCUCCACAGCUCCCCUGCCCCCAGACUCCUCCCUGCCUCCUGCACAGAGGGAAGAGAAACCGGCUGAGUCUGUGGGGACCCUGGCCCACAGCCACCCCUCUUUUCUAAGAUCACAGAGAUCCUUAAUAAAGUAUUUUUUUUUUCUUAAUAAAGUAUUUCGACAGAACACGGCUGGCACAAAGCGGCAUUAGGGUGGGAGCUGAA